CCUCCCUCUCUUUUUACCUCUUCGUCCCUCCAAACCAGUCCAGUCCGAGUCCUUUGCUUUGCUUGCGCGCCCGGACCGAUCCGCGGAAGCAUCAUAGUUCUGCACAGCGGAUUGCUCAAGUCUUUUUAUUUUAUUUUAAAAUUGAUCAUUUAGUCGACUGGUCCGCUUUUCUAUCUUUUCUUUCUUUUUCCCCUUCAUUUUUCUGCAUUUUUGCUUUUGUCACUCUUGCGCCCUGCCGCUCCCUGUUUUGCCUUGUCCUGGAUGCGAUAGGGCCGCCCGCGGCUGCGAUACCUUGGCCAGGCCUGAUUACGCACCCGUUCCAAUCCAGCACCCCCCUCUGGGGCCGCCGGAUUCAUCGACGACAAUCAUCCACCGAUGUCUUCCUAAAACGAAGCCCAUCUCCUCGAGCCUUCUUCCGCCGUCUUCCGUCGAUCGCUUCGUGUCUCUCCUACUAGCCUGCUUGGUAAUCCUACCGCCACCAUGGCUUUGAUCAAUGCCGCUGUCCUGGACGGCGUGCGCAUGGUCGUCCGACAGGCCGCCGACACUCUCUCCUCGACGCCCUCUUCCGGUCCUGCGCCCACGUCUGGGACCACCACCACCUCGCCUGCGCCGCCGUCCGAUACGUCCGCCAACUCGAAUCCUAACAGCCCGGGUGGCAAUACGGGCAACAACGGCAACGGGAACUCCCCGCUGCUCUUCUUUGUUGCCCUCGGCUUCGGAGUUGUGUUUACGAAUCUCUGGAUCAUAGUGGGCGUCAAGUACUGCUUCCGCUACAAUGCCAGGAAUCGCCAAAUGCGCGUAAACGAGGACGGGGAGCCCAUCACCCUGGAGAACAUGCCGAGGCCUCAUCGCCGCCGUCGUGAGAAGAAGCUCAUGACAAUGGACGAGGUGAACGAGAAGUUCCCCAUGCAAAAAUACAAGAGCUGGGUAGCCUCGCGUGCACACGAGGGCCUCUCGACACGCGGUGGUGUUGAUGUACCCCCGAGCCGCCCAGGGAGUGUGAGAUCCGUUCAGGGAGUCAUCCCCGACCUGGCGUCCAAGGAGCGAUCCUCGACCGAAGAGAGGCCAACGACCAGCGCCGCCAAGCCGAAGACCGAAGUCGAUAGCACUGCAAACCCCGAGACGCAGAGCACACCCACGAACGCUGCGGCAGACCCAGACCCGAAAACAGACAGCACCAAGACCGGGCCGGCGCACUCUGAUUCGGCGGUCGCUCAGCCGAACGCUGCGAGGCCCUCGGAGUCCGAGGAGGAUGACGAACAUAUCAACGCUGCUCUUCCCCCGGAGUUCAUGACUUCGGGAGACACGUGCGCCAUCUGCAUCGACUCUCUUGACGACGACGAGGACGUGCGCGGUCUGACUUGCGGCCACGCAUUCCACGCUGUCUGCGUCGAUCCUUGGUUGACAAGCAGGCGCGCCUGCUGCCCCCUCUGCAAGGCCGACUACUACACACCCAAGCCGCGCCCAGCAGCUCCCGAGACUGGCGCCGAAAACCCCGCCACCGGCGUCAUCACCGUGGUGCUGCCCGAAAACGGGAGGAGAUCCAACAGGCAGUCUAGGUCGCAGAGCACCUGGAUGUCCUUCCGAAGCCGAGGCCGCAGCAACACCAACGGCAACAGCACCUCUGCCCAGCCCCAGAGGCGCCAGAGCGCAGCUCAAGCCAACACAAACUCGGACAGCACGCCUCGCUCCGGAGGCAUCCUUUCUCGGUUCCGUCCGGCUGCGCCGACCGCGGCAGCCCAACAGUCUCUGACAGAGACCCCUGCCCCUUCACAGCCUCAGGGGCAGAAUGGCGGAUUCUUGAGCAGCAUGAGGCUGCCCUUUGGGCGGAGGCAGCAGCAGCAAGCAUCAGAUGCUACUACUGCUUCUGUCACGCCCUCGCAACUCGAGGCAGGACCUACGACGCAGGCCAGGUAGAACAGGCCGGGAGGAUGAUUGGAUUAUAACUACUGAGCAUCUUUAUCUUUUGAAUCUUGAAUCCCUCACCGCGAACCUUUUUGACUGUUGUCUAAUACCAGAGAAUGCCGCUGGGAAACCUAGAGAGUCUGUUGCUUAUUGGUGGCCGGAUAUUUAUCUUCCUCUCCCCGUCAUCCUCACCGGAUCACACAAGACACGACCUUCACAUUGACCCUGGAGAAGUGCGCUGUAUUCUGUCUGAAACUCUCAUUACCCCCCUUGGAUCCACGUAUCAGUGCUUAUCUAGCAUUGGAGAUACUUGGAGGACCUGCUAGGUUUGGGGGUACUGUUGUUCGCAACACCUCUGCCUAUAUACUGACCAUCAGACUUUCCUGCCACUUUCGUCGAUAUGUCGCUGUGGAAUAAAGGUUACUCAUGUAUGCCUUUCAAACCUCCGAGCUGGGACCUAGCUAUUCUUCAUGGUGUUACAAUCGCAUACACUCCCCCAUCUUGUUACGUGCCCAAUUUAGCCGGAUGCAUGCCAAAAGAGGAGCGAAAAAUAUUCUUGUAUAUCUAUUCUCUAUCUUAUCACCUCACCUUGUAUUACCUAUUUCCUAUUAUUAUCAUCGCGUCUCGUGUUACAUAUUUCCUAUUUUUAUCUCAUCGUUUCGGGUCCUGCGUCUUGUGCGAGUAUAUGUGCCUGUGCGUUUUGUGUUUCUCAUCUUUGGCAGGUCGGAGGACGGUUGGAGUGGGAUGGAGUCUGGGAGGGAGGAGCGAUAGACAGCCGGACAAGGUAGGUAUCCCACUAGAUUCAUUAUUCUGAUAUACCGUCGGCGGUAGCGGGGCCCUUAUCUCCGGAGGUCGGGUGAAUGUUUGCAGUAACACAUGUGGAAAUUUUGUAUGCAAAGAAAAAGAGGACGAGGGAAACAUCUAGCCCUGCCGAUAGAAAGGAGGCCCAGUAGAGAUGGGCGAAGCAAGCAACGCACCUCACAAGUAUUUCCCCGCUUGGAACCGGCCGCCAAAGUCGGCCGCCUGCUUCAUCAGGUCCCGGCGCUGGGCGCCCGUGAUGCGCCCGCCGACGGCCAUGUCCUUGUCGC